AUGCUAUUAUCACCUCUCCUCCAGCUAUCAAAGGACAAGAUUGUCCUGGGAAUCGAACUCCUCAUCCCCACGCUCAUCGCCUACAUCCUCUUCUGCGCCAUCUACAACCGCUACUUCCACCCGCUGCGCGACGUCCCCGGCCCGUUCUGGGCCUCGAUCACCAGCCUGUGGUACUUCCGCGCCGUGCGCAACGGCCGCGGGCGGGACUACCAGCUGCCCAUCCACAAGAAGUACGGCUACGUGGUCCGGCUGGCGCCCAACCAGGUGUCAAUCGCCGACGCCACGGCCAUCGAGACCAUCUACGGGCCCAAAUACGACUUCACAAAGGGGGAUUUUUACAACAACUUCCUCACCCACAUUUCCAAGCGCAAGGACACGUUUGCCGAGCGCGAUGAGGCCGCGCAUACCUGGCGCCGACGCACCGUGGCGCAUCUGUACACGCAGGCUGCUGUGCUGGAGUACGAGCCCUGUGUUGACAGGGUCAUUGCUCUGUUCCACAAGCAGAUGGAUCGCUUUGCCGAGACCGGAGAGGUCUUUGAUGUCUCUGUUUGGCUCCGCAAGUACACGUUUGACAUUAUUGGCGAGAUCUUUUACGGGCGCGAAGGUGGGUUUGGAUUUAUCAGAGAUAACAUCGACUACAACAACUGGUGCCAUUUGAUGGACGUGAUGCCCAACCCCGCGGCGGCAUUGAACAAUCUCCCCUGGGGGUUCCGGAAUCUGUAUUUUCUGUCCCAGAUGAUCUAUCCAGCGACGCGCGCGGGAGCCAAGGGGUUCUUCACCGUGAUUGACCAAUCGCACGCGGCCGUGAAGCAGCGGCUGGACGACAUGGCGGCGGGAAACCCGUACAACCGCAACGACGUGCUCAGCAAGCUCAUCGACAUCGCCAACGACCCCAAGAACGACUUUGGCAUCCUCGACGUCACCACCGAGAUCUGGGCCAUGAUCUGGGCGGGCUCCGACACCACGUACAUCGCGUUGACCUCCAUCUUCUACCACCUGCACAAGAACCCGGCCACGCUGGCCAAACUGCGCGCCGAGGUCGAAGAGGCCUUUGCCAACGGCACGCUCAAGUAUCCCGUGCGCUACAACGACGCCAUCAAACUGCCCUACCUCCACGCCGUCGUGCGCGAGGCUAUGCGCAUGCACGGCUCGCUGGGCACGGGCCUGCCGCGGGUCGUGCCGUACCCGGGCGUGGAGAUCUGCGGGCGGUUUUUCCCCGGAGGCACGACGGUCAUGAUGAACGCCAACGCCGUGCACUUUGACCCGCAAGUCUUUGGCAGCGACGCCGAGCAGUUCAUCCCCGAGCGCUGGUUCCGCGACGGCGACAAGGCCGCCGCCAACAUGGAGCGUCACAUGAUGCAUUUCGGCUACGGCAAACGAAUCUGCAUCGGCAAGCACAUCACCACCACCGAAAUGUACAAGCUGCUGCCCAUCGUCCUAAGGGACUUUGACUUUGAGCUCCAGAUGCCCGGCAAGGAGUGGACCGUCUGGCAGGGCUGGUUCCACCAGCAGAAGGACGUCAUGGUCACGGUCCGGAGGAGGCACAGAGAUCAGGUGUGA